AUGGAAUCACUACAAUCCAUGUUAGAAACCACAAGCCUUUCCAAAGGCUCUCCGGAUCAUCGCCCUGCUAGCCCUGCGAACCGUGCUAACAUCUGUGACCUCCCCCCAGAACUCAUCGAGGAGAUCACGACGCAUCUAGAAAUAAGGCACAUCACGCGCCUGCGCCGUGUCUGCCGGUACCUCAACGAAGCAACAUUCCGCUCUUUUGUUAGAGGGUUUUCCAAGCUAAGAACGGACCUCUCAUAUAAGUCCUGCAAGGAGUUUGAAGCCUUAACCCAGAACCAGCUUCUGGCUAACCAAAUCAAACACCUGCACAUCACGGCGAAGUCCAUUUUCUCCACAGAGACCAGCCCAAAGACUGGCCAUAUUCGUUUCGGGGCCGGCUUUGACUGGCUUCGUGACGGCGAUGGUCUUAUAAUCCCCGAUCAAGAAGGCAUGGCCCGCUGGGAGACCGUGCUGAAAGAUUUACCCAACUGCAAGACCAUUACGCUCGAGCGCGCCUUCCGCGCUCCUCAGCAUAUCCCUUGCACUGAUUCUGAUGUUAACACUGAUGACGAGGGCGAUUUCAUUGCUGACGUUGAAUCCACCGAAGAGCAGGCAGACGAAUACCCAGCCCUAACGCACACCGAAGUCCACCUCUUCAUCCUAGCCAUGAUCGCCAAGGGCGCGCUUCAACCAGAGGAAUACGAGCUGAACUUCGGCCGCCGCCUGCAGGGGCCCCUUUUAGGCCCCCCAUUCGAAAUCGAACCCGCCCAUCAAUAUGACUACUACUACCACCGGGACUUCCGACGGGCAUGGAGGAAGAAUCUGUCCAGCCUCCACUUCACAGCGAGUCUCAAAUCCACCGCCGCGGUGAAUCACCUACGGGUGCUGGUGGCGCUGGCACAUCGCCUGAAGUCCCUAACCCUGGACUUCAACUUCGAUAGCGACGCCGACCACAGCACGAGCGUGGUUCGCCUUCUCAGCGAUGAGAGGUUGGCCUCGCACUUCCGCCUGAAGUCGCUCGAACUGCGCCACGGGAAGCUGUACCCAGGCUCCCACGGCCAAUGGGUCGUUCAUGCGAUGGCCAGGCAUCGUGGCACUCUUGAGCACUUUGGUCUGCGCGAUAUGUGUCUCUCGGACGGUAUCCCUAAGAUAAUCCUGAGAGACUUGGCUAAUAAUGUGUAUGAGAAGCUCAAGUCGUUCAGGCUUGACCAGGUCUGUGUGACUUAUCCUGAGGCACCCUUGUACGGCCGGCAGCGGAUGGGUCUUUACUUCCGUGACCUUGAACAGGGAUCUCGCGUUGAUGAGGAGACGAAAGGGACGUUGGAGUACCGCUUCCAUCCGAAGGGUGGGAGUUGGCCACAUCGUCCCUAUGGAUUGCCAUGUCCAACGUCGCUCGUGGCGUAUACUGGGCCGGGGGUGAGUCAGAUUGCGAAAAGGCUGUAUGAUUUGAGGCAGUAUCAGCGUUAG